CAGCCCAAUCAUGUUAAGCCUCGUAGCAAAAAGCCCAAAAUAGAAUUACUUUCCCAAACGGGCCCAAAUCGCAUAAUUGAAUACGACAAUCGCUUUAUUAGAUCAGUAAUCCGACUAAUUGACCGCCACCGGUAUCGGCAGAGAUCCGCCGGCUGUCGUCUCCGUUCUUUCUCCCUCUUUCGCUUUGUCGGUUGUCUCUUCCUAACGGAGGAUUGAUCGAUCGUACGGGCAAGCGGUUUUCAGAAAUUGCCGAUGGCGAACGGCCAGAGUUCUGACUCGUCCGCGUUGCAAAAGUAUGGCAUCCCUUUCUAUUCCGCGGCUUGGGUCCCGUACAAGGAACUCAAAUCCAAGCUCGAUCAGGCUCGAUCUGAUGACAAGCGGGAAGAAGAAGAAUCAAGCAAGGAAUCUGAUGCUUCCGCUCCGGCGGACAAAGAUGGGGAUUCUGUUGAUGAGGGACCGUCUACUGCAGAAGCGCAGAAGACCGAUGGACCAGCUGCGUCGGAGUAUUACGUGGUUUUGGCUGGUGGCGGCGGCGAAGGGCGAAGCGGCAUAGCGAAUGCAAUUGUUGUUGCUCGUUUCGAUUUCGCUUCGAGUGCUCUCUCGCCGCAGCCCGUAGCUAAGCUUGUUCUUGGUUCAGAGUUGCCUUAUAGAAUGGCUGUUCACCCAAAAGGGGAUGGAUUAAUAUGUGCUAUGCAAAACAGUUGCAGGUUCUUUGAAUGGGAUGAGAUCGAGGAGAACGAAACUCGCAAACUGGAUGUCAAAGUUUCGGAGAAAGCCCUGGAUCUGUUACAAGAUGUUGGACAACAAUUAGCGUUAGCCUAUGACACUGACAGUUCCACUCUUGCUGUCGGUGGUGAGGAGGGAAACUUGAGGAUUUUUAAAUGGCCAAGCAUGGAAGUGAUUCUGAAUGAGGCUCAAGCACAUUCUUCUGUGAAAGACUUGUGUUUCAGCCCUGAUGGCAAGUUUCUCAUCUCCCUUGGGAGUCGUGGUCCUGGUAGAGUAUGGGAUGUACCUUCAGCAAAAGUUGUAGCUUCGUUGCCAAAUGGAACUGAUGAGGUGUUCUUCUCUUGUAGAUUUGCGCAAAGUAGGGAUAAUUCUCUAAUACUGUAUAUUGCUGCCAUAACAGGUAAAGGUGGAAGUAUAGUGACAUGGAACACAAGUUCUUGGAAAAGGUCGCGCUCUAAGCAUGUGGGUCGUGAUUCCAUUUCUUCCUUCAAUGUCUCGCCUGACGGAAGGCUCCUUGCAAUUGGUACAACCCAAGGGGACGUGGUAGUUGUAGAUUCAACCAAGAUGGGAGUUCAGAUGGUCGUUAGGAAAGCUCAUCUUGGAUUUGUAACUGCGUUGGCCUUCUCACAUGACUCAAGGGCUUUGGUAUCUGCUUCUAUGGAUUCCAGUGCACGAGUAACGUUGAUAAAGGAGAAGAAAAGCGGUAUGUACAAUCAAAUUAAAGCAAAUAGAGGAUCAAGCUGGUGGAUCAUUAUUCUCAUCGUAUUACUCGCAGUCCUCGUAUAUUUCCUGAUGGAAGAAGGCCUUCUCCCUGACUUUGACUAGUCGCUUUCGGUAUCCGGUACCAUAUGAAGGGCUUAUACAACAACACAAGCAUUGCAAUGUAAAAUAUGCAGAAUCCGGCGACUCUGUUUCUGUUGGAACCUAACUAGGUUGAGUAUCACCCUUUAAACGCCCAACCCAACUCGACAUUUUUUGUGCCAAUAAAGGGAAAACAAAUACGACUGUUUGACGAUGUAAAGUGAUGUAUGUUUGGAAACAAGCUUAGAACACUGAAUUGUAUACCUGCAUUAUCUAUCCAUGAGCAUAUGAGAUGCGAUGACUGCAGAAUGUGAAUGUUAUCAGAAGCUUCUGCUUGAUUGUUGCAGCUCCGCGAUAUGGACAAGCGCGCGAUAUGCAUAAUGUAUGAUGCGCCUUAAUGAAUAGUUCCAUGAAGCCAUAUUCCAUGUUGGCUUGUGAUUGUGGUACCUUGUUGGCUGUUGCAGGCU